UUCAACCUGAUUUCAACACACCGCGACGCUCCCAGGGCUGUCAAAGUGUACUGCUCCGUCUCUGAGGCUUCUGGAGACUUUUAGCGUCAGCAGACACCCGCCCUGUGCUGUACCAAGUGAAAAUGGAGACGUUAAGGAGUUUCUUCCGGAGAGCUUGGUCCUCCGAUGCGAGGCUGGACGGCAAAACCGUGCUCAUCACCGGUGCCAACACGGGCAUCGGCAAGGAGACAGCGCUGGACCUGGCCAAGAGAGGGGCGCGGGUCAUCAUGGCAUGCAGGGAUAUGGAGAAAGCACAGGUGGCAAUGAAGGAAAUCAUCGAAGGCUCCGGAAGCGAAAAUGUCGUUUGCAUGAAGCUUGACUUGUCAGACAGCAAGUCAAUCAGAGAAUUUGCCGAAGCCAUCAACAGAGAUGAAGCCAAACUCAACAUCCUCAUCAACAACGCUGGAGUGAUGGUCUGCCCCUAUGGGAAAACAGCAGACGGCUUUGAAAUGCAGAUCGGUGUCAAUCACAUGGGUCAUUUCCUAUUGACGUACCUGUUGAUUGACCUGAUCAAAAGAUCAACGCCAGCCAGGAUUAUAAACGUGUCCUCCAUGGCUCACGCCUGGGGAUCCAUAAACCUCGAAGACAUCAACAGCGAGAAGAGGUAUGACAAGAGGGCGGCCUACGGACAGAGCAAGCUCGCCAACGUUCUCUUCACUCGCUCGCUGGCCAAGAGACUGGAAGGUACAGGUGUGACAGUGUACUCCCUGCACCCCGGCGUUGUCCAGACGGACUUGUGGCGUCACCUGAGCGGCCCCGAGCAGUUUGUCAUGAAGAUCGUCAGCCCCUUCACCAAGAGCUCCAUCCAGGGAGCCCAGACCACCAUCUACUGCGCCGUGGAGCCGACUCUGGAGACAGAGAGCGGCGGAUACUACAGCGACUGUGCGCCCGCCUCCUGCUCAGCGGCUGCUUCAGAUGACAACAUGGCGCAAAAGCUUUGGGAGCUAAGCUGCCAGAUGCUGUCGAUAUCGUGGGACUGAAUACCUCAGAAUAAAAAAUAUAAUCAUUCCUCUCACAUCUCAUGAUGGCCAAACACAAGUGCUUCUUCACUAACUGAAAUAAAGUACUCUUUCUUUUUUUCAUUUACACAACCAGUAUGUUAUAGUGUGAUGCAUGAUGUGGCACACUAAUAUAUAUUUCAUACGCAGUUUUACAAAGAAAGCCAUCUUCAGAGUGUUUUUUACAGGCUACUUAGAAUGCGUAUACAAGUUGAAAAAUGUUUUGAGCAUUUUAUUGUUACUGUCAUUAUUAAUAUCUGGAAUAACCAGAUAUGUUGAUGUUUAACUUUGGAGAAAGAGAACCAUUUCAAACAGGUCAGUGUACCUUAUUUGUUCCAUGGCGAGACAAAAUGUUGUUUGGAUGCCGUCUCUGUAUUUUCAGAUAUUAAACUCUGUUCUGCAACCCA